AUGCAGAUUGUCAUGUCACUUGCGUUUGCACUGACUGUAAACGACACUGUGUUUAAAUAUUGCUGUGACUCGUCCUGUAGCACCUGCAAGCCGCCUCGAGAGAAAGGCGUCUGUCUAAUAAACCACCACUACUACUACUAAUAAUAAUAUCAUUAUUUCUUUCUAGCAGCGUUAAGGGGGUCUCUGAUUUGGCUGGAGAUCUAAAGCAGGAUGAGUUUAAAAGCAGCCUGGCUGUGGCUUCUCUGCCUCGCUGCACAGCAAGCUUGGAGUGCCUCCCUGCCAAUGAAGCCAGUGAUGAACUUCACCUUGCAGGGGAUCCCACAGGCUUACCUGAGGACUGCAGAGAAACUGGUGUCCCGAUGCUUUGGAAACGAUAACAGCGUUCCUCAGAGACUAGCAGAGCUCCUGGCCAGCUCCACGGUGCAGUUUGAGAACAUGACGCGGCCCCCCCCUGCCUUCCUGCCGCCUCUCCCUCUGCUCAGUGGCAUAAUCUUUAUGAACAAGGCUGAUGAGAAUUUCUUCAGCUCUCUGGAGAUGCUGAGGAACAUAUCGGGUGGUGACCCCCAGAACCUCCUGUGCCCCCUGCACAGCAUGGCUGCCCCCCUGGCCUGGUCCAUUCUGCUGGGUUCUGGCAGUGCGGUGGACCCGGCCCGGUUCAGGUUGCUGCUGUGGGGGGCGGAGCCGCUGAUUCGUCUGGGGCUGCAGCCGGACUCGCUGAGUGCACUGCCCACGGCGGGAUUGAACGCAUUGCAGAGAGAGACCGUGAUGGCAAUGUUCAAUCAGCACUACGACGCCCUGCCCCCCGACGCCAGAGGGGCGCUCCUCCAUUGGGUGAAGCACUGCGUUGCCAUGGAGAUGUUCAACUGCAGCAUAGGACAGCCAAUGGGAAACGGAGGCAAAUCUGAGAAAGACCCCCGAGUGAAAUGCCCCCCUCGGCUCCAGUGGCUGAAAGCGCACACGAUGGCAGUGCUGGGGCGCUUCCUGUCACUAGUCCCACCCUCUGAGGUUGAAGAUAUCCAAUCGGAUGAGCUCUGUCGUUUCUUCAAUCACUCAGUGUCAAAGUCGAUGUUCAGCAACAUGUACGACCUGAACCACAGUCAGGGGCGGAGCCUGCUGAGCAAGCUGAUGACAGGCUGUCUGGACCCCGCCCACAACGAGGAGAGCAUCAGCAGGCUGGGAGCGCUCGCUUGUUUCUAUGACAACGUGGGCGCCCUGAGCGACAACGCCAGCCGGAGAGGUCUGCUCCAGCGACAGCUUCUGGAGAAGGUGCUGGGGUCCGGGCCCCUGACCAAGCAGAUGAUGGUCACCCUGGGCCCCGCGGCGCCUGCCCUGUCCCUGGCUCAGCUGUCCAGCCUCUCCGCGGCCGAUAUCCAGGACAGCCUGCCUUCUCUGGCCAGGGUGAGCUGGAGGAGAGAGCAGGCCAGCGCUCUGGCCAGCAGAUACCUGAGCAGGGUGCAGAUCUCCUCUCCGGGUGACCUCCUGAAGAUGGGAACCCUGGUAACGGGGGUGUCCAGCGCGGUGCUGGGGACACUGAAGGGGGACCAGCUCCUGAGGACCAGUGGGCUGGAGGAGGCG